AUGGCUAACGGUCCCAAGGUCCCCCUUCUUGAAAUACCUCAGCCCUCUCACUUUCUGGAGAGCAAUGUGACUGCUCAACCCGUGUCCUCCGACACCAUACCCUCUUCUUCCUGUGCUCCCUUCACCCCAAGUGCCGCCGCCGAGCCCUGUCCUCCGGUAGUGACACCCAUCGCUUCCGAAUUGCGCUCCAUUUGUAUGCACAGUUAA